AGUCAGUGCUUUCUGAACCGUCGCGCGGUGCAGUCGCGUACGGCGCGUACGUAAACCAACAUCGAAAAAUGCCGAGCUGCGAUUUCGUCAAGCGCUAUAUAGUUAACACUUUUUGUGAAUACAGCAUACUUGUAUGAGUAAGAAAAUCAGAAGUGAUGUAAAGUGUUGCGUUAUAUUGUGUUUAAAGGAUAUGAGGUGCUAAGCGUUUUCUUUUAAACUUACGCGCCAGGAUUUAAGAUUAAUCCGCGUAAACAAAAUAUAUUUUUAGUUUACUCUUGAACCUCGUAGUGCAUGAUGUCGGAUUUAAUCCUAACACACGAUCGCACUAAACUUCUUAUACGAUUUAUGUAUAAUGAGCCUUUAACGAAAUAAAAAUAGCGGAACGACAUCCAGUAAGCACUUAUAAUAUAUGACAGGGCAUUAAUUUUAACAGCCGUAAGUGUCACUUCGUUAUUUGUCAACGAGUUGAUUAAGAACUAAAAUAAAUGUUGACAGAUUUAGUGGUAACAGGGUUCACUAAUUAGGACAUAAUAAAUUAAUUAAUUAAUUAAAAUAAGAUAUUUAGUGACGAUGAAGAGAAGAAGAGUGUAAAAAUUGAAAAUAAUAAUAUUAAAGGUGUAUAUUAAUAAAAUAAUCAAAUAUAUAAAAUAAAAUGGCUCCUGAAUUGAAAAGGAUAAAGUGGCAUUUAUACGUCCUGAAUGCGAUUCUGUACUUCGUAUCGAUGAUAUACGAAGCCGGCGGGCUCCGUACAACGGAACUUCACAUAAUACCGAGAGUCGUACAGCGGGGUAGAAACGUUACGAUGGCGUGCUUAUACCAGAUACAUCAAAGCGAAAUAUAUUCUGUUAAAUGGUUCCGAGGAACGCAAGAAUUCUACAGAUAUUCCCCGCUCGAAUCGCCUACGACAAGAUUGAUGCCAGUUAGUGGAAUUAAAAUUGAUAGACUAAACUCAAACGAAACACACGUAGUUCUGAUGCGGGUAACGCCUGGGCUGAGCGGAAACUACAGCUGUGAAGUCAUACAAAAUGCUCAUACGUUUCCACAUUAUACUGCGACAGCCAGACUUGAUGUUGUUGGUAUUGGUGGUCUCCGAGCGAUUGACCUAAGGAUAUCACCUCCGGUAGUCCAGAGAGGGUCAGAUGUGACGUUAGCCUGCCUUUAUGAGCUAACGGAUGCGCCAUUGUACUCCGUUAAGUGGUACAGAGGGCGACACGAAUUCUACAGAUACUCACCUACAGAGACGCCGGCUACGAAAAUAUUUCCGUUUGCUGGGAUCAAUGUUGACCUGGCCAGAUCGAAUCAGAGUCAGGUAGUGCUAACGCGAGUCAGCUUCGGCCUAUCCGGGAAUUUCAGCUGCGAAGUCACAGCUGACGCACCUUCUUUCGCAACAUCAAUCGUGUCUAACACAAUGGAUGUUGUGGUUCUACCGCCAUCGUCGCCAACGAUUCACACAAGCCAACAUUAUUACAUGCCGGGCGACGUGCUGAGAGGCAACUGCACGUCCGGACCCGGCCGCCCCCCCUCGGAGCUUACAUUCUACAUUAAUGAUAUCCCAGUAACACCAGGAAUGUACCAAGUACAGCCAGCUCCGGAAGGUCUAUUUCGAUCGGAGUUAUAUGUCCAGAUCCAGUUAUGGCCGGCGCAUUACGAGAGAGGAGCGCCGAUCCUUAGGUGCGAGGCCAAAGUGGGGGACCUAUAUAGGGACAACUCAGCCGUUGCCUUGUAUUCAGCUAACAGUGAUCCCAAAAUAGAGAGAGUGACGUCGCCUGGUUCUGGAGCCAAACUGCACGCGUGCCAAAUCCUUCUACUGCUCCACAUUAUUGUGUGGGCUAACAAUACAUAGGCAUAAUGAUCAUACGUGUACUGGAGUGCUGUUUCAUUCCAAUAAGGUGAAAUAGAAUGAGAAAGAAAAUCUAGAUCAACCAAUCAAAUUACAAGAUUAUAUUAUUCGUUGUAUGACCUUGAUUAAACAGUUCUGAUUGGUUAUUUCCAAUGUAUUAUUUCAUUAUUCUAUUCGCCUUAUUGGAUUGAAACAGCACUUAUUAUAAAUAUUAAAAUAGAUAUGAAAUAGAUGUAUUCAAUUCUGGUCAAGAGAUAAGGGGAAAUUAAAAAUAGUUAACUGUACCUAAAUGAGCUAAUAAUUAUACCAAAGAAUGUAAAGACUAAGAAUAUUGUUGAUUUAAUACAAAUUAUAUGUCGAA